ACAACAUGCCCAGCACGAUGCCGUCGAAACCAUAUGUUUCGUCCCAUGCGACAGCUCAUUUCGCGGCCGUUGCAUUCCUCUUCGUUCUUAGCUUCGAUUCGAUUGUGGUGGACGCCGUCGGGGUGAAGCUGACCGCUCAUCAGCAGAUGCUCAGCGACCUUUGGGAUGAGCACUGCAGAUAUGAGUUCGACCCGGCCCACAAGAGCACCGAGAAGACCAUGGCAACCAUGGUGGCUGAGCCCUACGUCAACCAUAUUCCCACCAUGGUCGGUGGGAUCGGAAAGGAAUCGCUCUCCAACUUCUACGAAACGCAAUUUAUUUUUACCAAUCCUGACAUGACGCUAGUUCCAGUUUCGAGGACUGUUGGGGCAGACUCCCUGGUUGAUGAGCUGAUCAUCAAGAUGGUCCAUGACAAGCCCGUCCCGUGGUUGCUUCCUGGCGUCGAGCCAACGGGCCGGCCUCUUGAGUUUGCAUUGCUGGCCGUGGUGCACUUCGAGCCUGAGGAGAUUGAGCCAGGGGCAGAAGUGAAGUGGAAGCUACGGCAUGAGCACAUCUACUGGGAUCAGGCGAGCGUUUUAGUUCAGGCCGGCCUGCUGAAUCAACAGGGUCUUCCUGUGACGGGGGUUGAAGCCACGAGAAAGGUGGUCGAUCCGCACUCGGAGCCGUCGAAUCUUCUCUUGGGCAAGAGACAUCAUGGACAGAGCAAGGGCGUUUUUACGAGCCUCUUGGAUCAUAUCAAGGAGGCACUGAAAAGCACACCGGAAAGCACAGACAAAGACUUGUAGAUCAACGCACCGCAUCAUUGAUCAGGUCAACAUCUUGAGCUCCACAGCUGGCGUGUCAGGAUCUUAUUGUUCUGAUUGAGUUCAGCAAGAGGAUUUCAUCGCUGACUUGUGGCUCCCUUGCUGCUGAUGGGACCAUAGCCAUCAAACGUGAAACUCAAAACCAUUCUUUCUGGGUCCUUUUUGACAUUUUGGAGACAGACAUCAAAACACAUCUUCAGCGCGAUCGUACAGUAACAUACAAUGAACAGCACCAGCUAUGUAAGCUACCCUUCAGAUUUGCUUCCGCUAGUGCAUUUAAGUUUAAAGCUGCGCACAUUGCAGCUUUGACAGGCAAGACAGUGC